AAUGUGGCACAUGAGUCCGCACUGGCCUCAGCAAUCCUGCCUCUGGCCCCUUCUACUAACUGAGAGGUGGGUGACUACUGCAUUCCUCGUGACAUUGCUGGCAUAAGUCAUCCACUUUGUUUACUGCCACUGGCAGCCAGGAAGGAAUGAAACUGAACGGACGUUGCGGUGUAACUAUGGUUCUGUGAAUUCCUGGAUGACUGCCAGUCACACUGGUCACUUCCCCUGCGAGAAGAUCCCAGAGACCGAACGUAGCCUUCCACGUGCUACUUAUAGACGCAUGCCCAGGUGGGCUACCUGUCACGUGCGUGACUUUGUUUACAUUUAAUCUCGACCUGCGCGGAGCGCGAGGAGACAUAACCACUUUGUUUACUGCCACUGGCAGUCAGGAAGGAAUGAAACAGAACCAUAGUUAAAGCGUAACUUCGUUAACCUCUCUGUCCCUACAGUAAGAUGAACAAGAAGCAAAAUGACGCUGCGCUUCCGUUUUCUUUUGUUUGCGCUGUUUUCCGCCCAAACUCCAGUUAAAGGUCAUUAUAAGGUGACAGGCUCCCAUCAGCCAAUUCUAGCUGCUCCAGGUGAGGAUGUCGUCCUACUGUGCCAAGUGGAGCCGGAGUUUGACGUGGUGGACCUGACGGUGGAGUGGUCAAAACCUGACCUCAAGCCUGACCCCAACUAUCAACCCAAAGGAAUGGGAUAUGUGCAUCUUUACCGAGACAAUCUUGAAGUUCCAGACAUGAAGAUCUUCUCUUACAAGGGGAGAACUGCGUUGUUUGAUGAUGGUCUAAGACAAGGCAACAUAUCACUCAGGAUCACCAACGUGACAGCUGCAGACGAGGGUCAAUACAGAUGCUUCAUCCCAAAGUUAAAUGGCCAGAUCAAAUCUUCUACUGUUCACCUUAUUAUUGAUCAAAACUCAUCUAAAACAACUACCACAAAGAAACCACUCCAUCUUCAAACAAGGCAGAAUGAUCUUAACGGUGGUUUGUCCUGUUGCAGCAGCUUGACACCACUUAUGGUUGUCUGGAUCUUGCUAAUCUACAGCACUUGAGUUGGAGGAUACUAACUCAUUAUGUCAAGGUGUCAAAGUAUAAAAAUUGUCAAAUGGGAAAAUUAUUUUUCUAUUCUUAGCAAUAAAAAUGGUAAAUUGCUUGUACUUGUAUAGCGCUUUAUCAAGUCCCCAGCGCCACACUACAUUCAGUCACCCACCACUGACCGUGGUGAGCUGCCACACCUGCCCUGGGGCAGACUGACAGAUGUGAGGCUGCCAUACACAGGUGCCACCAAGCCCUCUGACCACCAUCAGUUGGCAAGGCGGGUAAAGUGUCUUGCCCAAGGACACAAUGACUGAGACAGACAGCGGGGACGUGAACUGGCAGCCCACUGGUUACAAGACCAUGGUCAUGACCGUGGCGAUAGUGGCAUUUUAUCUUUUAAAAAUGAUAAAACGAUAUAGACAAUAAUUUAUUGGAAGAUCAGUCACCGAUUUUUCUGUAAUGUCCAUCUCAUGAAUGAUGUUCCAAGCUUGAUUAAUGGCACAAUCUUUUUCAUACAUUUCUCUAAAUUAUAGAUUCAAAUCCAAACCUUUCUUUGGUACAAAUGAACUAACUGGUACAAGGGAACAGUGAACAGUAUCCUUAUAACAAAAACAAUGUGCCAUUUAACUAUUUAGGCUGUAGUAUUUUGUUUGCACAAAGAAACUGAUGAAUCUGAGAUGUUUUGAAUGAGCCUUUUUUUUUGCAAAAUGAAAAUAAAGCCCUUUCUUUUUGCUGGUGAGAUCUGCUCCCAGCAUUACGUAGCUACUUUCUGAUAGAACUUAACAGAUCAGACACACAACGGUUAAACAUAUGACUUCUGACAUUUAGAGGUCUAUAUUUAAUGUCUUUGAUUCUGUUUUGUUUUAAAUGUGCUGCAUGUUACCACAUUUCCUCAUUUGAGAUGCCGAUCUGUGCAUGUGAUUGCAUUUGAUCACAGGGUGUUUGCAUCACGUGUUAAUUAAGACUGAGAACGGUAUGUGCCAUGAUUCAGUAUCUUAAACUAAAGUAACCCUUUGUUUUUAUAUCAUCUCCUUAAUAGCAAGUGGCCAACUUUGUUGUGCUGCUAGAAAAGUCCCUGUACUAAAAUAUUGUUACUGACCUACUUCUGCAUGUUGAGUUUAUGAAAUAUUUCUAAUAAAAGUUGAGAAAAUACAGA